AGGACCCAGGAGCUGCAGUCACGAGUUCCUGACACAGUCAUUUCCUGAAACCACAGCGCUUCUCUCCGGCGGGGAGGAGGACGCUGGACGUCUGCGUGUGGCGUUUUCCUCGGUGCCGACGCAGAGAUGCUGUCCCUGGAGCAAGUGGAGCGGAGUUUAGAGAGUGCAGGACAGUCCCACAUCCUGCAGUUCUGGUCGGAGCUGUGUGAGGAGGACAGGGACAGCUUCCUGCAGGAGCUGUCCCAGCUGGAUCUGAAGGGACUGAGGGAUCACUGUGAAGGGGCGGCGAGGGCUGCAGCCUGCCCGCCCGCCAGCCUGGAUCAACACCUCGAGCCGGUCCCUCCAGAGUCCAUCGGCAGCGUGAGGAAGAGUGACCCAAGCUCUCUGUCAGAGUGGGAGAAUGAAGGGCUGUUGCAAAUCUCAGAGAACCGAGUUGGAGUCCUGCUCUUGGCUGGUGGUCAGGGGACCCGUCUUGGCGUUCAGUAUCCCAAAGGAAUGUAUAAUGUUGGCCUACCAAGCGGCAAAACCAUGUAUCAAAUCCAGGCAGAGCGUAUUCACAAAAUCCAGAAGCUGUCGGACUCAAAGCAUGGCUCAAAAUGCACCAUACCAUGGUACAUAAUGACCAGUGAGUUCACUCUGACUCCCACUGAGAAGUUCUUCAAGGAAAACAACUACUUUGGUCUGGAGCCAUCAAACGUUGUUAUGUUUGAGCAAAGGAUGAUCCCGGCAGUGACCUUUGAAGGAAAGGUCAUCCUGCAGGGUAAAGGGAAGAUAGCCAUGGCCCCAGAUGGUAAUGGUGGUCUCUAUCAGGCAUUGGUGGACAACAAGGUGCUGGAGGACAUGAAGAAGAGAGGAGUGGAGUACCUGCAUGUGUACUGUGUGGACAACAUCCUGGUGAAGAUGGCAGACCCUGUGUUCAUUGGCUUCUGUGUGAGCAAAGGAGCUGACUGUGGAGCCAAGGUGGUGGAGAAGGCCUACGCCACAGAGCCAGUGGGUGUGGUUUGCAGGGUGCAGGGCGUCUCCCAGGUGGUGGAGUACAGUGAGAUCCAACCAGAGACGGCUGAGCUCCGGGGACCUGGAGGAGAGUUGGUGUACAGUGCUGGAAACAUCUGUAAUCACUUCUUCACCAGGGCUUUUCUGCAGGAUAUAGCAGAGAAAUUCGUAGGCCAACUGAAACAACAUGUUGCAACCAAGAAAGUGCCCUAUGUGGACACAUGUGGCAAUCAUGUCAAACCCACCAAACCCAAUGGCAUAAAGAUGGAAAAAUUUGUUUUUGAUGUAUUUCCUUUCUCAAGGAGCUUUGUUGUGUUUGAGGUUGUGCGGGAGGAUGAGUUUUCCCCACUGAAAAAUGCAGAUGGAGCAGCCACAGACAGUCCCACCACCGCCAGAAACUCUUUGCUGGCUCAACACUGCCGCUGGGCCACGGCUGCAAGAGCCACGCUGUUGGAUGAACACGGCAAUACUCUUCCUCCUACAGCCAGUGUGUCAGCAGGGGACAAUCCUCCAGCACAAUGUGAGAUUUCACCACUGGUCUCCUACUUUGGAGAGGGGCUGGAGGAACUGCUGAAGGGAAAGACACUGCCUACUCCCUUCAUUCUGGAUGAAAAAAUGGCCAAAGAGCUGCAGGCUCAGUAACAUUUUUCUGAUGCAGCAGAGAUUCCAGCACAGUGGAGCACAGAAUGGCAACAAGAUAAUCACAGAAAACUGGCAUUUUGUGCAUCUCAUGUAAUUGUCUUUUUGUUGAGGAAGAGCUUGAAAACAUGACAAAUAAGGGACUAGCAAUGAGUUUAAAGAAUUUAUAUGAACUUUCUUUUGUUUUACACCUAACAAAAACAAAUUUCC